UGACACUGACGUGUUCAAGUCAAUUACGCCCGUAUGCUAAUUUCGCACUUCUUUUCCACAAAAACGCCGAAAUGCGACCUUGAUGGAUAAGACACGCGUCAAGCCGUCACACUCCAUUAAUCCCGAUGGGAAUUGAUCGCUUGAUUAAGAUGAUCGAGGGGCUCUAAUGGAUGUCAAAAACGGGGCAUCGAGAUGUGUAAUUAUUUCAAUAACGACACGCAACGACGAAACAAUAAAUAAAAACUUCCUUUUAACCUUAGCUGUGUUGCAAUCGGCUCACCUUGGAAGGGGUUGCAGGCCCCUUCUUCCAACCACUAUCCGUAUAAAUAUCGCCAAAAUGACGACACUAGACAUACACACAGCCGACAAUCAACAAACAUGAAGCUUUUGACUUUCCUCUUGGUCGUCUUCGUCGCCGCCGUUCUGGCCCAGGAAGAAGCCAAGAAGACGACGAAGAGAGGAGCCGUCGGCUAUGGAUACGGAUAUGGGGGCUACGGACUCGGGGGAUAUGGGGGCUAUUACGGGGGCGGCUAUCCGUACUAUUCGUCCUACUACAGCCCCGUUGUUACAAAAGUGAGCUACGGAAUCGGACACGGGGGGUACUACGGGGGCUACUACCCCUACUACGGUGGUUAUCACGGUUACGGCGGUUAUGGCGGUUACGGUGGUUAUUACGACUGGUGAUUUUUGUGAAUUUGCAAGUGAUUAAUAAAUAUUUAAUUGUGACAA